GCCUCCCCGCUCCAGAUCUCGCCAAAACAAGCGCGCUCCCGGCAUUUUCUCCAUCGCCAUCGUCCCGGCCGACGCUGGUAGAUCCGGCGGACGGCGGUCCGGCGCACCUCGUUGCUUCUUGAGGUGCAUAAUUUGCUGAAUUGUUUUAAAUAGUUCCAGGGGCGAACAUCGCUAUUCAAAAUGGUGGUUCUUGCUGCUUCCAUUAUCUCGAAGUCCGGAAAAGCACUUGUUUCAAGACAAUAUGUUGAUAUGUCUCGAAUAAGGAUAGAAGGAUUACUUGCAGCAUUCCCAAAACUUGUUGGGACUGGGAAGCAGCACACUUACCUUGAGACUGAAAGUGUUCGUUAUGUUUAUCAACCUAUUGAAGGCCUAUAUCUGCUCCUUAUCACAAACAAGCAAAGUAAUAUUCUUGAAGAUCUGGACACACUGAGGCUACUAUCCAAGCUUGUGCCUGAAUACUCCGCACUGGAUGAGGACUCAAUCUGUAAAACAGCAUUUGAGCUUAUAUUUGCAUUUGACGAAGCAAUCUCUCUUGGAAACAAGGAAAAUGUAACAGUGCAACAAGUCAAACAAUACUGUGAGAUGGAGAGCCAUGAAGAGAAGGCACACAAGCUGAUGAUGCAGAGCAAAAUUAAUGACACUAAGGAUAUCAUGAAGAAGAGAGCUAAUGAGCUGGACAAAAUCAGGAUGGAGAAAGGCAAACUUGACAAAGGAUACUCGUCAAUUUCUGGUCCCCGUGUAAUUGAAAAAAAUUUCAGCGACAUGAAUAUCACUGGUACUGGCUUUGGAAGUGGUUCAAGUGUGAGCACUGAUAUGGACUCAUUUGUUAGUAAACCCAAAGGUCGUCCGUCAGCAGCAGCUGCUGCUCCUGGUAAAGGUUUGGGUAUGAAGUUAGGCAAAUCCCAGAAGACAAAUCAGUUCAUAGAAUCUUUGAAAGCUGAAGGAGAAGUCAUAUUGGAGGAUGCACAACCAAGUUCAGUUUCAAGGUCCUCACCUCUUCUACCAAGCGAUCCCAUCACAGUGACUAUUGAAGAGAAGCUUAAUGUAACAGUCAAAAGAGAUGGAGGUGUUAAUAACUUUGAUGUGCAAGGGACCCUUGCUCUUCAGGUCAUUAAUGACGCAGAUGGAUUUAUCCAGUUACAGAUUGAAAACCAAGAUGUAUCUGGACUUAGCUUCAAAACACACCCCAAUAUCAACAAGGAGUUAUUUAACAGCCAGCAAAUUGUUGGAGCAAAAGAUCCAAACAGGCCUUUCCCAAGUGGUCAAAAUGAAACACCACUUGUGAAGUGGAGAAUCCAGGGCAUGAAUGAAUCGUCUUUACCUCUGUCAGUUAACUGCUGGCCGUCGGUAUCUGGAAAUGAAACCUACGUCAACAUUGAAUAUGAGGCUUCAGAGAUGUUUGACUUAAACAAUGUUGUCAUAACUAUUCCUCUGCCUGCACUACGGGAGGCUCCAACUGUCAAACAGAUUGAUGGAGAGUGGAAGUAUGACCCAAGAAACUCUGUGUUGGAAUGGUCCAUUCUUCUCAUUGACCAGUCAAACCGCAGUGGGUCUAUGGAAUUUAUUGUUCCCCCAGCUGAUCCGUCAACAUUUUUCCCCAUAUCUAUUGGAUUUGCUGCAUCCAAUACUUUCAGCGACUUGAAGGUCACUGGAAUCAAUCCUCUGAAGGAAGGUAACCCUCCAAAGUAUGCACAGAGGGUCCGCUUGGUUGCUUCUAACUAUCAAAUAGUCUGAAGCCACAGUUAAAGUUCUUACUGCUGUUUCUUGUUAGUGGCACAAGGGGUAUCAUUUUGCAUCAAUGUUGUUUAAAAACGUGUUGAUUUGGCCUGUUCUAUAUGUAGCGUGUUGCACAUGAUAAAUAAAAGCAUGAAUUCUCCUGUACCAUUGUUGGCCAUUGUUU